UUUCCACUUGAAUAAUUUUGGAGAUCUCUACAGCUUCCUACCCCUCACCAUCCACGGAUUCCAUUUUCUUCGCGCUCCCACACCCCCUAUUUCUUUAUAUAUUUAAGACCAGAAAGUAAAAGGGUAUCUUCCCAAUCUUGUAAAGUUUCAACUUUCAGAGUCAAAUUCACUCGAUUCCAUCCCCCACUCUUGUGUGGCAUCCAUGGAUAUUACUGCUCCAAAUGAAGAUUCAAAGAAACUUGAGGGGAGAUCUAAAGCAAUUGUGGUAUGUUGGAUCCUUGGAUUUGGAUCUUUGGUCUCAUGGAACAGUAUGUUAACCAUUGGAGAUUACUACUAUAAGUUAUUUCCUGAUUACCAUCCAUCAAGGGUACUUACCCUUGUCUACCAACCGUUUGCUAUAGGAACGAUGGCGAUUCUUGCAUAUAAUGAGUCCAAAAUCGAUACUAGAAAACGUAAUAUUGCAGGAUACAUCUUGUUCUUCUUAUGUACUCUAGCCCUCAUUGUGAUAGAUUUAGCCACAUCAGGGAAGGGUGGAAUCGGAAGUUAUAUCGGCAUAUGUGUUUUUGUGGCCGGAUUUGGAGUAGCUGAUGCCCAUGUUCAAGGUGGAAUGGUUGGAGAUUUGGCCUUCAUGAAGCCAGAAUUCAUCCAAUCUUUCUUUGCUGGUUUGGCAGCCUCGGGCGCUCUAACCUCCGGCUUAAGGCUUAUCACGAAAGCCGCAUUUGACAAAUCUCCCAAUGGUCUAAGAAAAGGGACCAUGUUGUUCUUGGCAAUCUCAACAUUCUUCGAGUUUCUUUGCAUUUUUCUUUACUCAUUUGUGUUCGGUAAAUUACCGAUCGUGAAGUAUUAUCGCAUGACCGCCGCACGAGAAGGUUCGAAAACUGUUGCAUCAGAUCUUGCUGCUGCUGGCAUCCAAACUGAACCAGCUGAUAAAGACUUUAAGAUUCCCGACCGAUUGAGCAACAAACAAGUCUUGUUCAAGAAAAUUGAUUACGCGUUGGACCUGUUCUUGAUCUAUGUCCUUACUCUUUCCAUUUUCCCGGGAUUCUUAUAUGAAAAUACAGGAAAACACCAUCUGGGAUCAUGGUACCCUCUUGUUCUAAUUGCAAUGUACAAUAUCUGGGAUCUGAUAUCAAGAUACAUUCCUCUAGUCGAAUUUCUAAAGAUGGAAUCGCGGAAAGGGCUAAUGAUUGCUAUAUUGUCACGGUUCUUGUUCAUCCCGGCUUUCUACUUCACUGCAAAAUACGGUGAUGAGGGUUGGAUGAUCAUGCUUAUAUCGUUGCUCGGAUUGACAAAUGGUUAUCUCACUGUAUGUGUCAUGACUGUAGCUCCUAAGGGUUGCACGGGUCCAGAAGCAAACGCUUUAGGGAACUUGUUGGUGUUGUUUCUUCUGGGUGGAAUAUUCGCGGGUGUGGCUUUGGAUUGGCUAUGGAUAAUCGGGAACGGAAGCUUUUGAAUGACAAAUCUUUGUUUGAAAUGCUUUCCACAUUUAAUUAAUCUUAGCUACUUUUUGAUACGUUUGGUGGAAAAAGAAAUUUGUGUAAAGGCGAUUAUUUGAAGUAUGUAUUUGCAUAUGCCGAAUUGUAAAAAGUGGUUUAGAUAUACAAGGUGUUUGAGAUUGUUUAUUUAAAACAAUUUAACUUUUU